GUUCACAACAUAAUAAAGUAGCGGGUUUGUGGUUGAAAUUUUUGUGACCAAUACCUACUUAUAAUAUAUUUGGAAUGCAAAACUUUGCAGAUUUUAAGUAACUUGUGUUAAAAAAGUGUUGAGUUUUGGGAACAAAAUGGAUCUAGCAUUUUGGCCAAGAAUAAGCAAAUGCUGUUGCUGUUUUAAUUUAAGAACCGGAUCAUUGCUAAUUGGAUAUGUUUCACUUUUUAUAUCAACAUUAUCUAUGGCUGCGAUAUCCUGGUCGCUGUACGCCGUAGUAGCGUACAUGAGGGCUCAUAAACACGAGCCGGAGCUGAACGGCCAUCCGCCUGAGGAAGUCGCGAGGGUCGCCCUCAGUCUGUACAUCUCACACGCGUACUAUCUAUUAGUGCUGAUGUACUAUACUGUUAUUAGCGUUCUGCUGAUCGUUGGCGUGCAUCGGAACAGAUCGCUAUACCUCCGCUACUACUUCAACUCGGCGUUGGUGCUGCUGGUUCUGGCAUCGGCUCUGGUCGUCGUCAGCCUUGUAUUCUUCGGAGUGCUUGCCACCAUACCGCUGCUCAAGUGGUGCAUAAUCCUGUUUUACUGCCUCGUAGUAGUACGAAGCGCAUACCAAGAGAUGGAAGAACAGAACAAACCUAGAGUGUACGAGAUGCAUAAUAUUUAUAACCCUCAACAUACCGUGCCUUUGAUUUAGUUAAAAUAAUUUCGUAAUAAAAGUUCGAUAUUGUAACUACAUACAUACAUACAUAAACACACGCCCGUAAUCCCUAAUGGGGUGGGCAGAGCCACAAGUAAUCAAAGACAACUUGCAGCCACUGUUGAUACGAAGUCCAAAGAUGGAUGGAUGGAUGGAUGGAUAUUGUAACUAUGCUUCUUAAUUGUUUAAUAAAUGGUUAUAAUUAU